AUGACUCAGUUUGAGGCAUUGUAUGGUGCUCCUCCACCGUCAAUCACUUCAUAUCACCCCGGCUCUACCUCAGUACAAGCUGUUGAUGAGGCCCUAAGAGACCGAGACUCUUUCCUUAAGCUACUCCGGGAGAAUAUGCACAUGGCACAAAACAAGAUGAAGCAACAAGCUGAUUCACAUCGCUCUGACAUAGAGUUUGAGAUCAGAGAUUGGGUUUACCUCAAACUCCACCCAUAUUGUCAGCAAUCAGUGCUCAAAUGCCCAAGUCACAAGCUCGCACCACGAUACUAUGGCCAUUUUCAGGUGGUAGACAGAAUCGACAAGGUGGCUUACAAGCUAGACCUCCCUUCUUCUUCUCGGAUCCACCCAGUAUUCCAUGUUUCUCUGUUGAAGAAACGAACUGGUGACACGAGCAACAUCAUCUCUACUCUGCCUCCAUUUGAUAGCAAAGGAAUACUAUUGUGUGAACCUGAAUCAGUGUUGGAUAUGCAAGUGGUGUGCCAUAAGAAGAAGAACAUUACUCAGUGGCUUAUCAAAUGGAGUGGCUUACCUCUGGAAGAUGCAACCUGGGAGAAUGCUCAAGAUAUCGUGUCCACUUACCCAGCAUUUGGCAACUGA